GUGGCUGGCUGGCUCUUCCCCUGGGCUCUCGGACUUUGUCGUGUUGCGAAGCGGUCAAGGGCUUGUGAGAAGGGAUCGGUGCGAUUACACUGCGCUCGGGGAAGUGUACUCCCCAGAGAUCUUCCACGUGGUGUGCGAGCCCGACCUCUACCUGCAUGGCUCGGUCGACGACAGCUUGGAGGUGGACCUCUCGGCCUACCGCGGCUGGGCGGCACGGCUUCACGAAGGCGAGCCGGGGCAAGACGUGCUGUUGGGCACGGGUGGCCCCGAGAUCGAGGUGUUGGGAAGCUCGGCGGCGCAGCGCCUUUUUCGCAAUCACUGUUUGGUCACCAAUGUGGCAGAUCCUUGCCGAUAUCAAGCAGCGAGCCGCUCAGACCACAACGUCUUCUAUGAGGCCGUCCCGGAGGAGAACCCGGAAAGGAUUCCCGAGACGGUCGCGACCAACACCUUUGCCAUAGACCUCGACAACCUCGAGGCGAUUGAGAGGGGAGAAGAAGAAGCUGAGGCGCAGGAUGGCGCCGGGGCAGAAGAUGUGACUACUGCGCCCCCGGUGCAGGAACCAAGCAAGCAGGAGAAAGAAGCGGUGGAGAAACUUCAUCGCAAUUUCGGCCAUCCUAGCAACGCUUCCCUGGCAAGAACGCUGAAGGUCAGCGGGGCAGCAGAGCACAUUUGGCGCUGGGCGAAAUCAGGGUUCCGAUGUCCGGCAUGCAGCUCUGGAGUUUUGCCAAAGCCGGCCCGGCCGGCCACCAUUCCGAAGAGCUUUGCGCCAAAUGUGAUGAUCGCGAUCGACCUCUUCGAGCUCCCGGCUUGGAACGGCGAGGGCACCGAUCGCUAUCUCAAUGCCAUCUGCCUCGGAACCAAUUUUCAGCUUGUGGAAAAAGUUCGCAGCAAACAACCCGGAGCUAUUUGGGCGGCCUUGGCUCGUGGAUGGGCCAGGGUGCUGGGGUUUCCUCAGAUUAUCCUUCUGGACCAGGGAACCGAGUUUUUGGGCGAAUUUCGCCAAAACGCUCACGAUAUGGCGGUGCUGGUACACACUAUAGGAGCCAGGGCGCCGUACCAAAACGGCAGAUGCGAAAGGCACGGAGCUCUGUUUAAGACGAUGAUGCAGAAAGCUCUCUGGUCGUGCCCGCCCACAUCGUCUGAAGACUUCAAACUCCUGCUUCGUGAAGUCGAAAGUGCCAAAAAUCGCCUCUCAGAUCGCUCUGGUUUCUCACCAGCACAGCGUAUGCUAGGCGAGACUCCAAGGACCACGGGCGAACUCCUAGCCGAUGAGAUGGUCGAUGUGGUCCUCAAGAGCGUCUCUGGCGAAAUGGAAAAGCGGCUGCAGGCCAAGCGUGCUGCACAAAAGGCGUUCGCAGAGGUGAACACUUCGCAGGCAGUUCGCAAGGCUAUGCGGGCCCGAGCCAGGACGCAGCGCACCUUCCGGCCCGGGGACAUCAUUUUCGUCUGGCGCUCGUGGAAGGCACAGGGCGUUAAGAAGCAAGCGUGGGUCGGACCCGGUGUGGUGGUGCUCCCCGACGGCCCGAACGCCUAUGUGAACGUCAAGGGCAGGCUCUGGCGCGUCGCCAACGAGCACCUCCGAGAGGGUACUUCGGAAGAAAUGCGAGGCAUUAGGCGGUGCACCAGGUCUUUGACGAGCUCAAGGAACGCUUCAAAAGGCCUGGCCGUGAACUUGGACCUCACGCAGGAGCCGCUGCCACCUUAUGGGCAACAAGAGAACUUCGGGGACCCAGUUCGUGCCGAAGGGGAAGCUCGAGGACUACCGUUGCAGAGGAGCUGCCCAGACACCUCGCAAGCCACGGCGGAAGAGCCCGAGGUGGAGCGCACCGACAGCGGCCAGACGCCCGACCUGGAGGCACGGGUCAGCCAAGCUCAGGAAGCAGUGCAACUGGGCCGGCAAAUGGACGGCAUCCCUUAUGGUGCUGUUCGGCCUUCUUCCUCGUCUCGGCCGGCGCCUGCAGCUCCCUUUGUGACCGAGCGAGAGGCGGAUGAAUGGUUCGAGGAAGUGGACGUGCAGAUCCCGGACAGACCGCAGCAACCGGCGGCAAGCGACCGUUGGCAGCUGCUGGCGGACCAAGGAAUAGUCCGGAGACACCACUUGAAGUGGAGAACGUGCCACUUCUCUCCUUGGGAAGCUCCUCGAGUGCCGGUACCGCUUCGCUUUCUCAACUCGGAGCGGCAGACUGUCCGGGUGUUCAAGACCGGGACGACCGACGACACCCACGACGACUGGAAGGAGCUGAAGCCAAACAAGAGAAGCUCGGGGAAGUGGAAAGGAUAUACCGACUUCUACCUGACCAAGGAGGCGUGCAAAGAAGUGCGUGCGAGACCGGAGAAGUACGAUGCCGAGGUGAAGGCCCGGGAGUUUGUGUUCCACACCGAGUCGGCGAUCUUCGCGGCCAAGAAGAGCACCGACGAGAUCAGCGAGAAAGACAUUCCUGCCGAAGAGUGGCCCGAGUGGCGAGUUGAGGACGCAAAGGAGUGGGCGAAGAUCGAAGCCUCAGGGGCAGUGAGAGUUUUGUCUGUGGAAGAAAGCCGCAAGGUGAUUGAAUCCCUCACCUUGGAAGGCAAGCUGAACAGAGUCAUCGACAGCCGUUAUGUGAGACGGCUCAAGCCCGGAGAGCAGGUCGGGGAAAAGCCCACGAAGAAAUCUCGCUGGUGCGUUCGGGGAGACCAAGACCCAGACGCCGUCAGCCGCAACACGUACAGCCCGUUCUUGCGACGACUUACAAGCCGCAUUCAUGCAAUCAGCACCGUUGGACUGCUUCCAGAGCAGUUGGUGGAGGUGGUUUGUGGCGUCUAUGGUUUGGUCGAUGGGCCAGUUCAUUGGCGCCAAACCUUGAAGAAGUUCAUUAUUGAGGAACUUCACUACCGCCAAAGCAAGCUAGACCCCACGGUGUUCCUGUUGAGCCACGAGGGCAAGCUUGAAGGGAUCAUCGUCAUCGAAAUAGACGACGUGUUGGCCUUCGGUUACGAGCUUCACGAUGCAGCUUUGGUGCGCUUGCGGCAAAAGUUCAAGUUCGGCAAGUUCAAGAAACUUCAAGAGCUCACCGACGGCACUACCUUCAACGGGCGCAGAAUUCGGCAGACAGCCGAUUUUCAACUCCUGGUGGAUAUGGAGAAGUACGUUCAAGAGAGGCUCUUUCCCAUGAAGCUGGAGAAGGGUCGAAGGAGUCAGCCCGACGCAGAAGCGACGCCAGAGGAGCGCCAGAAGGCCCGUGCAGUGAUAGGGGCGUUGGCUUGGGCAGCGAAAGAAGCGCGGCCGGAUGCAGCGGCGGCGGCUUCCAUGAUGGCUAGCCGCCUUCCCAAGGCCAAGGUCCGCGACCUCGUCGAGUUGAACAAGGCGGUGGAAGCGGUGAAAGCGCACAGCAAGCUCGAGCUGAAGUACUUCCCCAUUGCUCCGUCGAGCCUUGGAUGGGGAACUAUUACGGACGCCUCUUGGGCGAACCAUGCAGACGGCAGUUCCCAGGGAGCCACAGCGGUGAUUGCCUUCGACAAGAAGUUGCUGACCGGGGAACGUGCGCAAUGCAGCUUGAUUUGGUGGAAGUCCGGAAAGUUGCGUCGCAAGGUGGGUUCCACCUUGGCGGCUGAAGCUCAGGCUUUGAACAAGGGCCUGGGGGCCAAGGCUAUCUAUGCUGAGCUUUUGGACGCCCAGUUUGACCUCGAGAUCUUCAAGAAGGACGUCAAGUCCAAGGCGGACGUGGUGCUGCAAAAGGCCGAUGCGGACCAGGUGCUGCGGGACUCUCUGUCAGUCAUCGACGCAAAGAGUCUGUACGACAAUCUGAUGCAAGAGGGGAACCAACCUCAAGACAAGUUCACAGCUCUCGACGUGGCCAUCGCUCGGGAGAAGAUAGAUGGGCUUGGGGUGCAGCUACGCUGGGUUGAGCACCAAAGCAUGGUGGUCGAUGGUGGUCGACAGUCUGACCAAAGUCAGUGCCAACAAGGCCCACGCAAGAGCCCCGGAACCACCAACGUCUCCAUGACGCACGUCAUGAAGUUCCUAGCCGGUGAUGCCCUGGCUUCAGCCAUCAUCGGCAAGGGCGGCGCUGUGAUCACGCAGAUUCGCACGAAUUGCAAUGCGAAGCUGGCACUGACGGACAAGGGACAGGUGUUUCCAAGUACCGACUGCCGCGUUCUCACCGCGCAGGCCAACUCGGAGGAGGAGCUGAACGAGGUGGCGAGGCAGAUCAUCGAGAAGCUAAGUGAGCUUGUGAAGACCAGUGGCGCCUCGGAGGCGUGUGGCUCCGAUGGCGAGCUGAAGUUGAGGACCCUGGUACCCAAAGCAGCCGUCGGUGGCAUCAUCGGCAAGGGCGGGGCGGCCAUCAAGCAGAUGCGUGAGACCAGCGGUGCGAAGAUCAGCAUCGGCGAAGCCGUGGGCGGCGCCGGGCCUGGGGCCGAGCAGAUGGUCACCGUCUCUGGCCCUGAGGAGGCACUUCAAACGGUCAUCGCCGAAGUGAACCGGCAGAUCCAGCUGCUCAGCUCGGAAGCAUGGUAUAGCACGUGGGCUGCUUCAACAGGGUGCAUCACACAGGCCAUGGCCGGUCUGGCAUCAUCGCUUCAGCUGCAGCCUUCACUCCUCGGCUUGGGAGGCCAGGCCUUAGCGAACCCGGGGAUCGCCACGAUGAUGCAGGCCGGGCCGAUUCAGCAACCGUCCAUGCCUGACUUCAAGUCGUGGCGCCACGGUUCUGGAUUUCCGACUGUCCCCAUCGACGGGAUUGUGGGAUACAGGAAGAAGAGAAUUGCCGAGCGAGCGGCUGUCCGCCGUUGGCUGUGGCCUUGCUGCAGCAUGAGUUGGGAGGAGUUUUGUGACCACGGGCUUCCACCGGAGGCCGAUUUUCUGGCCUGCGGGGCUAGACUGGAAGAGAAAGAAUCCAGCUUGGAGGGUCAUGCUGUUGUGGGUUUGCAGGAUGACCUUGUGGACAAGGAAGUUAGAGGCCGGCCCGAGGAGCGUGGCAAGGACUGUGGGCAAAGGUCCGACUGCCACUUUGGGCACGGCAAAAUCUCUGAGCGAGAGCUGCUCCUGCUCAUGGCCGGUGAUGGUGGCGAUGAUGCUUGGAGUGAGCCCUCUUGGGAUGUUUUAGGUCCCUCCCCGGAUCAGCUGCCGAGUGCCGAGAUGAUUCCGCAGGCGGCCCAGAUCCCUUGGCCCUGUAGGGUUUUAGACCUGGCCUCAGCUUUCCCCAGUGCUUUGCUGCAGCUGCCCUCUUUGCGAGUUGGGGGCGGUCCCGGGCUUGAGGGCCUAUUGGAAGGCAUAGUGUCGCAGCUCAUGCCUAUGAUUACCGAGAUGAUUCAAAAGGCCAUUGCCGAGGCCUUGGGCAAAGGCCUCGUUGCCGAGGAUGGAAAUCCGGCCGCCAGGGCCGAAAUUUCGACAGCAGAGCCGAGACUCAAGCGGCACAAGGGAGGUGGCCGCGACCCCAAGCGCAAAAGCCCAGAGACGACUGAGCCUCCCACUGGCCGAGGUGCGCCCAGGGCCGGGAAUGACACAGGUCCGAGUGGCAACCGCCGUGUCGUGCGAGGCAAAGGUGCUGGAGGACAGCCGGCUGCACCUUCAGCCCCAGUGGCCCCCGCAGCGCCAGCCGAUGGAGGCUGGCAGACAGUGCAGCGCAAACGCGAGGAAGCUGAGCCCUUUGAGCUUCGAGGGCAAGACUGGGAUGUGCCCAUUGUUCCUCACGAUGCCAUCGGACGCAAGCUGGAUGAACUUCCUGACGGCAAGCCUUUGGAGGCAGUGAUCCUGGCCUCCAAGUCCAAUUUGGACACGGUGCGAACCAUUCUGAGAGGCACCUCGAAGCCGCAUCGCAUUAUGUGUGUCGAGAUCAAGAAGGACGGCAAGGAGCGUAUUCCAGGCAGGGUCGGAAAUCAGCUUCGAUUCAAGCAGGCUGAGAUCACUACCCAUUUUUCGCAAGGCACUGCAGCCCCUAGGUAUGCGGGGAAAAAGGCUGCAGCUGUGACCAUUGCUCCCACAGCGACCACCACGGUCUACAUUCGCAUCCCGGCUGCUUACUGCAGGGCUGACAGAUGGAAGGAGAUCAGGAGCAGCCCGGCCAAGACGGUUGCAGCAUGGGCAGCCGAGCAGAGGGUUGUCCUGGCAGAUUCUUGGGGCUGGGUCGAAGAAACUCUGCCGAAGCAGGGCAAGCAAUUGUUUGGGAAGGCCCGGCUGGCCGAGAAAGAAAUGUCCAGCCUGCUUUGUUGUAGCGGCCGCGGGGGCAUCUUCGUUGACUGCAUUCGUGAUGCCAUUCCAGCUCAGGUUCAAUGGCUAGCCCGCAUCGACAAUGAGCCCGCCGCUGCUUACUUGGAGCGCGGGCUCCGCAUGUCAGCUCAGCUUGGGCUUGCCUCGCAAGGCGGCCGAAUUGGGGCUAGGUCGGCUCGGGACCCGCAGGCUGCUAUCCCGAGAAUUUGGGUGUUGCCUCACGUGCCAGCCGACUGGGGACCUCCUGAAGUCACCCAGGUUCUGACGCAAUCUUUCGAUGACGUCACGCUAAUCCACCAUCGGCGGACUGGUCGCGAGCAGCUCUAUCGCUUUCGAGGAAAGCAUAAAUUUGGCGAUCGGGAUAUUGUCCCUUUGCAGGUGCAGCUCGACGAGGACGGCGCAACCAGUGAGGUGACCAUGUGGGCCACGAUUGCUCCGGUCAAGACCCCGAGCAAUAAGCAGACAUGGCUGCGCAACCAGGCGGUUCCCCUGAUUGAGCCCAAGCCGCCGGCUAUGAAGGCCACUCCGGUCAAAGCCCCUCAAGCCCAGGCUAGCCAAGAGGAUGGUGAGGCCCAGCAGCCGGCCAGCGUUCGGGCGGUGAGCCAGCGACAGCUUCCAGCCGGAGUUCAAAUCGACGAGGCUCCGAAAGACGGCAGUUGUCUCUAUCACUCGGUGGCCAAGGGAUUGCAGUGGUUGACUGGCAAAUCCUAUUGCCACCGCGACUUGAGGGCCAAGGCAAACCAACACAUCGAGAAGCACCUCGAGCAGUACCUGCCGGAGUUCGACGGACAGGGGCCAAGUCAUGAAAAGCUUCGUGAGACCCACCCUGGAGACGACUCUGCUGCACUCAAAGCCUACCUCAAAUUGGCUGCCUGUGAAAGUGCUUAUGCCAGCAAUCUCGAGAUAAAAGCCCUCUCCAGGAUUUAUAAUGUGUGCAUUGUCGUGGUGCCACGGGAUCCUAGGUUCGGCACUCUUACCUUUAAGGAAAGCCGGCGUGCCAAGACCAUUGCUUUGUGGCUGACCCCGAAGCAUGUCGAUCUGCUUCUGCCAGUUGACAAGAAUGCCGCUUACCCGGCUGAGCUUUUCACGCCGAGCCCAGGUCAAAUUGUUGACCUUCGUGCGGGAGGCCGCCCUUCUGGUGAGGCCGCCUCGAUUUGUAGCAAAUGGUCUGCGGCUGCCAGUCAGUGGACUCGUGCUUCCGAUGCUGUCUCCUCUGCCAAGUCGCUUCCCAAGGCCAAGGCUAGAGCCCGCAGCCAUCCAGCUGAAUCGUGCAAACUGUCGGCUCCCUCGAUUCGUUCGGGCACGGUUUGGUCGAGCCCCACCUCUAAAAGGCGCCGGCGUGAGACAGAGCAGGUGCAAGAGCCAGGGUCGUCGAGUCUUUCUGCCCAGACCGUUUGGACGGUUUUGCCCUCCGGUCGUGCGCGGCGUAAUCGCUCGGCAGACAGUCAAAUCAGCAAGGCCAACUCGGUGACAGGGCAGCAGUCGCUGAGUCUCGUCGCAAAGACGGUCUGGACCGAAGUGCCACCCGACCGCGGCCACACAGAUCCGCUCAGCACUGGGGCGGCAGAUAGAGCCAGCGAGACUGAAUCCUACUGCCCAGAGCCUCCGGAGCCCUUGGAGGGAACCGUGCGACCUGCCAGACGACGGCAGGCUCGCUAUCACACGUCGCAAGGGGAAGCUAUUGCACUCAGAGGGGUUUUUCAGUGUGAGUUCUGCCCUUUCCGUAUGACGGGAACAGACCGCCAGAAGCUCUAUAGUGCUCGCUACGCGCAUCUCCUUCAUCAGCAUGAGGGUCAAGGGCUGUUCAAACCGCCACCGACACCCCAGCUCACCAGCCGAGGCAAGAAAGCUGAUUUUUGCUGGAGGUGCCCGGUGUGCAAGAAGGGACUUCUUCACCGUGAUGUCGAGGACCUUCCUCGACACCAGCUGUCUCGGAUCAAGUCGGCACAUCGGCUCCAAGAUCACCCGGAGAUCAGUGCCCAAGCCUGGAAAUGUAUGAUGCUUCGUCAGGGAGUUACCCCUCUGCGGCAGGCCAAGCUUCGAGCUACGAGGCUAAACAGCAGGACUUCGAUGAUCAAGAUCCAGGACCUGCCAGAGCAUGUCGUCCCUUUUGUGUUGCCGAUCCCCGCGCGGAAACCCAAGGCAUCAAACGACGGUCUUCAGCAGCCGAGGACCCAGGCCAAGGUUGGGUUUAAGAACUGCUGGAAGUGCAAGCGCUGUGGAGCCAUUGCCCGAACCAAAACUGCUCUCAAGCAGCACCUCGGCAAGAAGUGUCCUGCUGUUUAUCCGGGUGUUGUUCAAGCUAGAUUGAGGCAGCUCCAAAGCCUUAAGCGACAAGUUGCCGGGACCCAGACCACGGGCUUCACCAAAGAGCAGCUUCAUGAGAUCUUUCAGUCCGCUCGUCGGGCCAUUGAGGAGAUGCCUUCUCAGCCUUCGUCUCGCUUUUGA